GUCGCCCACGCCCGCCGCCGACAAGCAGCACUUCGAGGACCCCAUGUCGCCUCCGCAGUCGCCGGGCGGCCGCCCUAUAUCCAUGCGCCGGUUCCUGUCGCGGGUCUCGCUCAACUCGUCGUACACCACCAACACCACCAACACCGCCCACCACAACAACAACAGCCAUGGCAGCACCGACGCUACCGACAAAGCUUCGAUCUUCUCGACACCGACGCUCUCGUCGCCCGAGCCCAAGAAGGCGAAGAAGUCUAGCUGGUGGAAGAAGGCCAGCGGCUCGUCGAAACGUCAUUCCAUGAUGCCCGCUGCGCCCUCCCACCAGUCCCAGAUGAAGGUGCAGGCUAUUCCGCCGCCUCCCAGACUGCCGGAUGACAUGUUUGGAACCAAUAUGUCGUCGAUGGAUGGUGACAUGUUCAAGAACUUCAAAUAAAUGGGGGGUUGCCUCAAGGUGCUCACCGCGCAUGGGGGG